AUGCGGGCGCUUGAUGCGCUGCUGGCAGUCUGGAGCUGCCUGCUUUGUCAGACAGCCAUUUCUCAGUCGACCACCAGCACUGCCGUUACCAUUGGAGACGAUGGUCCGGAGUCUGGCGGAAUCGUACCCAUUCCUGCUCCGUCAGGUGCAACGGGCGACUCCCCAUUCCCCACGUCCGGCGGCGAGUCUGGAUUCACCCUCGAUGUUCCUCAGCCGACUGAUCUUCCAGAUGCUUCCUCUACUCAAAAGUUCAAAUGGAUCCACCCGACCGUAACGCCAUCCCCGGUGACAGUUCCAAAACACAAUGGGAGCCACAUGCAGACAUAUCAGACAUAUCAGGCUAGGCGAAUCGGUGGGCAGACUCUCGUCUCGGCGCACAGCACAUGGGCUGCAGUGCAUUCUGUCUAUCUGGAUUUCCUUCCCAACCCUUUCCAGGAACCCAAGUCAGUCUACACCGAAGUCAAAGUCAUCGGCAAGUCUUCGACAGUCGUCGUCGAGCCCACGGCCACCGUGGUCACUGUCGAUGGGCACGUCUUCCCAGUUGUCCACACGGACGGCCCAAGCCCAAUACCGUCUGAUUUGAUACACACCGUCGAAGUCCCUCAGUUCGGGUCCGCAAUCAUGGUACCUGCUCCUGCUCAGGCGACCCAGGAAUCGUUGGUCAGCGCUCUCCUCGUCGACCCGGAGUCGCGACUUGCCGUUAGCGAUGGCGAUGGCGAUGGCGAUCGGAGUGCGAAGAAAUGGAAGCGCAUUGCGAUUAUAGCGCUUGCUGUGGGUGGUCCCUCCUGGCUACUGCUUCCGCUGUUGUGCUGCUGUAUCCCUUUACGACGCAGAGAAAAGGUCGUCGAGAAGACGACGUCCACUGACCCAGCGACUGGCCUGACUGUGGUGACUACAUCAACCAGCCCAGCGAGUAAUGGAACCGGUACCACCACGGUUGAGACGACCGAACGAGGCACGCUCACUCGACAAGCCGAAGAAGGUCGUGGACGACUUUCCCAAGUGAUCGGCUCAGGAGCACGUGGACAUGAUACGGGAGUGGGAGCCGGUGCUGCAGCGGCUUCGCGUGGCGGCAGUGAAGGAUCUUCUGGCGGUUCGGGAGCUGGUCGAGGUGCUUCGGGCGCCGGUAAAGGUGGUUCAGGCACUUCUCAAGGUGAUGCAGGUGCCGGUCGAGGCAGUGGUGGUGCUGGUCAAGGUAGCGGAAGUGCUAGCGGCGCUGGAGGUACCGGUGCAUCUGGACUCGGCGCAAGUUCUGGCACGUCCGGCCACUCUGGAGCGGCUGGCAUUGACGGAGGUUCUGGAGCGGCUGGUGAAUCGAGCGCCUUGAGAGGAGCGGAUGCAAAAGGCGUUGCUACGGACAAGAAAAUUGGCGCGGCUCCCGCAUCUGCCGAACACGUUGAAGCCGUCCCCGCCCACGAUGGUGCUGACAGCCUCCGUACUGGCAGCGAGAUGCUCGAUAUCGGUAGCCUUCGCGGCCGCAGGAAGAUGCGUCCGGACAGCCGCAGCCCUUUCUGA